GCCGGGCCGAAUUGGGAAACUUCGGACAUUUUCCCAACGUCGUCUCGAGUUGAAGGAGCUCCGCACCCCACCACCACUACGAGAGAGCUGUCCGCUGGGACUCGGAUUGGAACGGUUACAGUUGAUUUAGGAUUGAGUAUUGGCUUAGGGGACCGACCGACCUGACACCUGCCUGGUACCUACCUCUACGACGACGACAUCCUCCCGUUGCGCCGUCCAUUCCACCCUCCCGAGACUCCGUCCACCUAUCACCCUAGGCAGGGCACGACGAAUAAACCCAGCCCACCAACAACUCCACAACCCAACCCCCCUUCAAGAAACCAAACAAGAAACCAAAAAAAGAACAAGAAAAAUGUCCUACUUCCGCAUCACCCUCCACCGCUCCGCGAUCGGGCUGCCCAAGCGCACGCGCGGCGUGCUGGCCGCGCUGGGCCUGCACCGCCGCGGCCAGCUGGUCUUCCACCCGGUCAGCGCCCAGUUCGCCGGCAUGAUCAUGAAGGUGAAGGAGCUGGUGCGGGUCGACGAGGUCGACCGGCCGCUGACGCGCCGCGAGGUCUACGUCGAGCGCCGGCCGGAGCCCGGGUUUUGGGUGGAGAGCGCGAGGGGGGCGUUUCAGCAGGGACAGGAAGGGGGGCAGCAGGUGGGUGGUGGGGAGGAGGGGGAGGUGCGGUUAUGA